AUGCAAAUGACGCCGAGCGUGCAGGCAGCUGAGGACACAGCAGCGCAUUCCAAAAUGGCGAACCGCGACAAGGAGCUUGAAGAGGAGAUUUACGACAAAGUCGUGGACUUGACAGAAUAUGCCAAACGUCAGCGAUGGUGGAAUCGACUUUUCGGGAAAAACUCUGGCCCCGUAGCAGAGAAAUACUCCGUGGCCACACAGAUAGCCAUCGGGGGAGUGAGUGGAUGGUGUGUAGGCUAUCUCUUCCAGAAGGUUGGAAAAGUUGCUGCUACAUCUGUAGGGGGAGGUCUUUUGUUGCUACAGAUAGCUAACAAUAGUGGCUAUAUCCAAGUGGACUGGAAGAGAGUAGAGAAAGACGUCAACAAAGCGAAGAAGCAAUUAAAGAAGGGUACCAAUCAAGCAGGCCCAGAGCUAAACACAUUUGUUGAGAAGUCAACAGAGUUUGUGAAGAAAAACAUUGUUGUCACAAGCGGUUUCAUCGGAGGAUUCCUGCUCGGCCUGGCAUCUUAGGGUCUGCCAAAUAAGAAGCUUCUGUGUUGGUUUGAUGUCAUGAAAAACUGUAGAAAAACAUAAAGUCAUUGCUGGAUGGUUUUUAAGUGUUUAAUGACGGCUAGCAACCAAUUUCAGAAUAGUUUGUAGCUAUAUUUCUACAUAACCUAAAAACGGCACAUCCACAGGACAAGCACUGUCGAUAUGAUGUGGGACUUCUUGGUUACACCAGAAUGACCUUAAAACGCUUCACUGUCCAGGCCAAACAAUGAUAAAUAUCAUGCAAAAUAAAUUGAAAAAAUGUAAAGGCCAUCAGAAUGUUGCAAUUUUUUUUAUUUAUUUUUUCCGCGCUCAAUUAAGCCAAGUCAAGUACAAGUAGAUUUAAAUUCACUUUUACAGGGCAGAUGGUGCCCAUAGGACUCCAUCGGUGCCAGUGUUUUAUUUUUUCAUUUCCAGACAUCGUGAUCAGUCAUCUUCAGGGUGUGUGCUGAAAGAUACAGGAUUGUUAUACCUUUUUUUUAGAGGUUCUUCAUGUUUUAUGCAUUAUGUCAGCCUCCCCUGUAUCUUUUUUUAAUGUAUUUAAUGGCACUGAAGGUUGUGGUUUGUGUGCUAAGUUGUGAACAAAUAAAAAUAAAAUCACUUGAAUUGUUUCUCAUUUAUGUGCAGUGGUGCAAGUAUGGUUUUUCUUGGAUUCCUCCUUUCUAUGCUCAUAAUUAAAGAGUAAAUGGAACCA